AUGCUUCGCAACGCUCUCCCCGCUCUGCGCCGCGCUGCAGCCACCGGCUCGCACGCCGCGGCUGUAGCCACCGCCGCCUCGUCCUCGUCGUCUUCGUCGCUCCCAUCGUCGUCGCGCACCUACGGAACCACGCCCGACACGGCGCCCGAGCAGUACAAGAUGACCAAGUUUAGCAAGUUCAACUGGGAAGACCCCAUGGCCAUGUUCGAGUCCCAGCUCUCCGAGGACGAAAAGGCCAUCGCCCAGACCGCACACGAUUUCUGCCAGGAGACGCUCAAGCCCAAGGUCACCGAGAUGUACCGCAACGAGUCUUGGGAUCCCACCAUCCUCCCUUCGCUCGGCGAGCUCGGCUUGCUCGGCGCUACCAUCGACGGCUACGGCUGUGCAGGCGUCAACAGCGUCUCGUACGGCCUCAUCGCCAGGGAGGUCGAGCGCGUCGACUCGGGCUACCGCUCCAUCAUGUCCGUCCAGAGCUCGCUCGUCAUGGGCCCCAUCAACCAGUUCGGAACCGAGGCGCAGAAGGAGAAGUAUCUGCCGCGACUUGCCAAGGGUGAGCUCGUCGGCUGCUUCGGUCUCACCGAGCCCAACCACGGCUCCGACCCCAGCUCCAUGGAGACCACCGCCACAGACACCGGCGACGGCCACAUCAUCCUCAACGGCAGCAAGACCUGGAUCUCCAACUCGCCCCACGCAGACGUAUUCGUCAUCUGGGCAAAGUGCAAGUGGGACAACAAGAUCCGCGGCUUCAUCGUCGAAAAGGGCACCAAGGGCCUCUCGGCGCCCGCCAUCAAAAACAAGCUUCAGCUGCGUGCCUCGGUCACCGGCUCCAUCUUCAUGGAGGACGUCAAGGUGAAGCGCGACGAGUCGUUGCUCCCGCACGCGCGUCCCGGUCUCGGCUCGCCGUUCGAGUGCCUCAACUCGGCGCGCUACGGCAUCUCGUGGGGCGCCAUGGGCGCGCUCGAGGCCUGCAUCGAGGAGGCCCGUCAGUACGCGCUCGACCGUUCGCAGUUCGGCCGCCCCAUCGCCGGCUUCCAGCUCAUCCAGCAGAAGCUCGCCGACGCCUCGACCGAAGCUGCGCUCGGUCUGCUCUGCAGUCUGCAGCUCGGUCGCAUGAAGGACCAGGGCGCCUGGAGCCCCGAGAUGGUAUCGCUCGCCAAGAGGAACAACUGCGGCAAGGCGUUGCAGCACUCGAGGAGCCUCCUCGACAUCUUUGGUGGCAACGCCACCUCGGACGAGUACCACUGCGGUCGCCACGUCCAGAACCUGCAGACCGUCAACACCUACGAGGGCUCGCACAUCAUCCACACGCUCAUCCUCGGCAAGGGCAUCACCGGUCUCCAGGCCUUUGCCAACUAG